AUGAAGAAGAGAAAUCCAUCUACAGUAAUUGCCUUCAUUAUAUUUGUUGUGGUAUUGACUGUGAUACAUCUCAAUGUCUUCUUAUUUACAUCGAGCUCUCUUAAAGAUUCAGUCAUUAGUCAAGGGAAGCAUUUGGAAUUCAGAAAGCUAGAUACUCAUGAGGGAGAAGUCAUGAAAGAUCCAUUUCCUCCUCAAAUACAUUUUCGAUCCCCUGACAAGAAGAAGCAAAUCAAUUGCGAUCGUUUUCAUAAAAAUUAUGAUGUUUGCUCCAUCAAUAAUCGUUUUAUAUUGGAUCCUGUUGUCUCCACUUUCUAUUUGGUAGACCUCACUUCAAUUCAGUCAUAUGUUAUGGAAAAAAUUAAGCCUUACCCAAGAAAAUGGGAUGAGACUGUCAUGUUAAGAAUCAACGAGCUAAAAAUCACCUCAACUGCAUCAGGUCCAAAAUGCCAAACCCAACACGAUUUACCAGCUUUGGUAUUCAGUGCAGGUGGCUACACUGGGAACUUUUUUCAUGAUUUCAAUGAUGGCUUUAUUCCUCUUUUCAUCACUGUCAAUUCCAUAUUUCCUGAUCAAGAUUUUAUUUUCGUGAUAUCCAAAGCUAACGAUUGGUGGAUCAGAAGAUAUACUGAAUUAUUACGUGCUUUCAGUUUGCAUCCUAUCAUAGACCUUGAUAAUGAUACUUCCACCCAUUGUUUUCCUAAUGCUAAUAUUGGCCUCAUAUCACAUGGUUUUAUGACCAUU